AAGUUCUGUGUGAAUGGCAUUUUGAGUUUCUUGGGCGUUGCAAUCUUUGGUCACACUUCGACUAUUUUUGGCGCUAAAAGCCGCAAUUUUAUUGAUUGUUUUUCUGUGUUUUCCUAUAUGUUUUGAUUGUUGUUAAUAUUUCUGCACCAUGGGCAUUACGGGCCUGAUACCCUUCGUGGGCAAGGCCUCGUCGCCCUUGCAACUGAAGAACAUCCGCGGCAGCACGGUGGCCGUGGACACCUAUUGCUGGCUGCACAAGGGAGUUUUUGGCUGCGCCGAGAAGUUGGCUCGCGGCGAGGACACUGAUAUAUACGUUCAGUACUGCCUCAAAUACGUCCAGAUGCUGCUCUCGUACGACAUCAAGCCAAUUCUGGUCUUCGACGGACAGCAUUUGCCCGCCAAGGCCCUGACCGAGAAGCGGCGUCGGGAGUCGAGGAAGCAGAGCAAGGAGCGGGCGGCGGAACUUCUGCGACUGGGACGCAUCGAGGAGGCCCGCUCCCACAUGCGUCGGUGCGUGGACGUCACCCAUGACAUGGCACUGAGGUUGAUUCGCGAGUGCCGCAGCCGGAAUGUGGACUGCAUUGUGGCUCCCUACGAAGCGGAUGCCCAGAUGGCUUGGCUCAAUAAGAUGGAUGUGGCCCAGUACAUCAUCACCGAAGACUCGGAUCUGACGCUCUUCGGCGCCAAGAAGAUUAUCUUCAAGCUGGAUCUAAAUGGCACUGGUCUGCUGGUGGAGGCGGACAAGCUGCACCUGGCCAUGGGGUGUCGGGAGGAGAAGUAUCACUUUGACAAGUUCCGGCGCAUGUGCAUCUUGUCCGGCUGCGACUACCUCGACUCAUUGCCCGGCAUUGGACUGGCUAAGGCCUGCAAAUUCAUACUCAAAACGGAACAGGACGACAUGCGGAUAGCACUGAAGAAGAUACCAAGUGACCUCAACAUGCGCAAUCUGGAGGUGGACGACGACUACAUUGAGAACUUCCUGAAGGCGGAGGCCACCUUUAAGCACAUGUACAUUUACAAUCCUCUGGAGCGUCGCAUGGAGCGACUUUGUCCACUGGAGGAUUACGCCACCGAUGAGCGCUAUUGCAGCAAUGCUGGUACCUUGCUGACGGAUAGCGAUCAGGCCCUGCACUUGGCUCUGGGCAAUCUGAAUCCCUUCUCGCUGAAGCGACUAGACAGCUGGACACCAGAGAAGGCAGCAUCGGCGCCUUCGCCAAAGAAUGUAAAGCAGGCCAAACACAAGAGCAUUUGGGAGGGGAACUUCCAAAAGGACGAGUAUCACCCAGCAGAAAAGAAGAAGGAGCAAGCUACCUGCGCCUUGUUCUUUAAAAAAGUGGACUUUGUGAGCAAGACCGUGGACGAGGAGAUCGAGACGAAUCAGCGUUUGGAGGAGGCGAAGAAAACGGAGGCUCAGGUAUUUACCAUGUAUAGUUUUAAGGCAAAGCGAAGGCGGAGUCCCAGCAGGGAGGAAUCUCUGGACAGAGAGGCAACACCGCCACCUUCUCCGAUCCAGACACGAAGCCGACACAAUCCCUUUGCCAAAGAGCGCUCUGCCCAAGAUCCCCUCCAGCGAUCGCCGGUGGUGUGCGAGAAUGCCUCUCUGCUCCGUCUGCUCAGUCCCAAGAAGGCGAGUUCCUUGAGCGACGUAGCGGAUGAGAAGCGAGUAAACUCCCUUAAAAGAAGUAUUUUUGCCAAAGAGUCCGUUGAGGUGCGAAGUCGUUUCUUUGCCUCACAAGCUGAGCAACAGACCAGGCUGCCAAAGGAGCCACCAAGCCAACUGAAACAGGAUAAAGACGAAGAGCAGAAACUCAGCUCAAGUUCUAACCAUAAAAAGUUAAGACUUUCAAGGGAAAAAACUCAGGAGCGACAAUCUUCCAAAUCACCAGAGAGUGAGACAAAGACAGAAACUAAAGUCCAAGACAAGCCUGCCACGGAAGAGCCUGCCAAUUUUCUGAUAGAAACACCUAAAGGGAAAACUAGUACAAAAAUAAGCCUGAAACCCCUCGAUCUACUGGUAGAACCCACCGAUUCGGACAGCAAUAACAACGAGGCUAUCAUUCUGCUCUCCGAUGACAGCUGCAGUUCCGAGUUAAACCCAUCCAGCAGCCAGGAGACAGCCUCCUCUACCUCAUCCUCUAUGAUUCUGGCACGCCAGAAUUCCCUGCCAAGACGAAGACUGGGCCUCAGCAAGCCCUCAUUGAAGGGAGGAACACCCAAGACCAAGACGAACGGCAAGCUGGGCGCCGUGAGCAAUAAUCAAACUAAGCUCAGCAUGUUUGGCUUCCAGAAGAGACCUGUGCUCAAAUAACUCGCCAUUUUUAGACAUUGUAACCGUAGAUUAAUCUAAUUUAUUAAAGUGAAGAAAAGAACUGAACUAAA